AUGCAUUUCAAUACUCUCAUCGCAGCCUCCAUUCUGGCAGCCUCUGCUUCUGCAACAGCACCAGAGGGUAUGCCCUACAAAUUAGCAGCCAAAUCUCUCAAUCCAGCAUACGGACUCGUCAAGCGUCAAUCGGGCUAUCAACCUUCCCAGACUUUCUGCAGUGGCUACGGCGAUUGUGCAGAGGCUUGCGGGACGGGCUACGAAACUUGUGCUUCGACCGAUGGGAGCCUUCAUUGCUUCGAUCCUACUGCGAAAGAAACUUGUUGCCCAACUGGUACCGGUGACUCCUGCUCCGAAGGUUACUACUGCACUCAAGCCACCGAUCUCACCGUCUGGUGUUGUCCAGAUGGCAUGGAUCUCACCGCCUGCGCAGCCAUCUACUCUCUAACCGGCGUACUCCAAUCGGUUGCCCCUUCAUCUAUUGCUUCUGCAAGUAGUGUACCAACUACACAUGCAAGUGUUACCACAAGUGAUAUACUUAGUCUUCCGGCGUAUACAACAUCAACUACAUCGCCGGUUGGAUCGCAUGGCGCAACAAAGACGGGUGGAGGAAGUAAUGUUACUUUGACGGGGAGUAGCACGGCGACGGCGACGCAGGCUGCUUUCACGGGGAUGGCGGGCAGGAUUUUGGGGGUGGAUGGUUGGGUUGGAGGGUGUAUGUUGGUUGCGGUGGUGGGGAUGGGGGUUUUGUUGUAG